CAGCUUCCUUAGCUCCUUCCUUUUCUAUUACUUCUGAGUUUUGACCCAAUAAUAAUUACCUUAACGCAUAACUAAACUAAUCAUCUAGAAAGAGUCCGAGUGAGUGUGUGUCUGUGUUUGUGAGAUAAAGAUUGUUGUGCCGCCAUAAUGUCACGGACCCAGCUUUGUCUCCCACCAUCUUUUAAAUGAUUUGUUACAGUUAAAAAGUUAAUUUUCUCACAAUUAAAUCUAUCAGAAUUUCCUAUCUAACUGUCAUUUCAGGUACCUUUACUUGCUCUCCCAUCAUAUGGACAAGUUGUUUUUUCUUCUUAGUUUCGGAUAUAGCUUGAGUAUACGGCAUACAAAUAUCAGAAUUUGAAGAUGAAUUGUAAAUAGCACCAUCCCUUUUCUCCUUUUAAAUUGUUUAGGUUGCUUGUUAUCAAUGGCUGGAAGCCUUCCAGGAGUCGAAUGUGCUCGAAGAAGGCGGUUCCAUCGGAGUGUGGCUUGGUCUGACUCCCCAAAUUUGGCUGUGCACGGUGGAUCAAGGCGCUCCUCUUUCUGCUUGUACACAAGCAACCAUGAUACUCAUCAUUCCUAUACAUCUUCACUGCAGCGAAGAACUUUAUUAAACCAAGUAAGCCAGGAUGAGAAGCUAGAAGAAGUAGCCAGAGAAGCCAAGGAAAGAUUAGAUGGGAAGUUAAGAAUACCAAGGAAAUCAUCAGAAACUAAAAGGAAUAACAGUAACAAAGACAGGCUAAGGUGUGUGGAGGAAAGGUCAAUGGUACUGGGAGAAUUGCGUACACAGGUGUUUGGGUCAAAGAAGAUUGGGUCAAGAAGGUUCAGUUGGACCAAGUUGAGCUGGAAGGCUUCGGACCAAGAUGACUGUGCUGUUUGCUUGGAACUGUUCAAAGCUGGUGAGACCCUAGUGCACCUGCCUUGUACCCAUAAAUUCCAUGUGAGAUGCUUGGUGCCAUGGCUAGAGAACAAUGCUCAUUGCCCUUGUUGUAGAAUGGGGAUAAUACCCAAGUAAUUAAUGUUUUUUUUUUUUUUUUUUGGGGUACUAUUUUAGAUACCUUAAAUUAAAGUUGCAUUUGGUGCAAACCAUAUAGCACCUUCAAUGCAAAGUGUGAACAUUAUUGUGACGCUUGUCUUGCUAAAAUCUACCAAUUGUGUUUGUUCGUUUCAA